UUCCGACUGUAUGUUAAGCAAAACUGUAAUAAGUUUGGUUUCAUGCUUUAAUAAAUAUUUACUCUGUUGAUUAAAUUUUAAUUAAUUUUGUAGAAGUUAACUGUGUCUUAAUUUUGAUUUGCUUAAUUUUGCAAAUUAAUCUGUGAAUUGCUUCUUGGACCGUUUCCGUUUUUCUGUUUUUGGCUUCUUUCAUUGACUGUUAUUCUUGGCCAUUUAAAUGUUUCACACUAAAGUGUGUUCAAAUGCUCGAUUCUUAUUUGUCGGGACGAAUCGAAAUUUGAUCGAUUCAUUGAGAGUUGUCACACGAUUAUAUGCGACCGAACCAAAAGUUGUACCAAAAAAGCCAGGUCCUGGAGGGGCUGGAGCUAAAAAAACUUAUUCACGUGAGAAACCACAUAUUAAUGUUGGAACGAUAGGACAUGUUGAUCACGGUAAAACUACACUGACCGCUGCAAUUACCAAAGUUUUAGCUGAGAAAAAAUUAGCUAAAGUCAAGAGUUAUGAAGAUAUUGAUAAUGCCCCUCAAGAGAGACAGAGAGGUAUUACAAUUAAUUCUGCCCAUGUUGAAUAUUCAACUGCAAAAAGACAUUAUGGCCAUACAGAUUGCCCUGGUCAUGCUGAUUACAUUAAAAAUAUGAUUACUGGUACCAAUAUUAUGGACGGUAGCAUUUUAGUAGUUGCAGCCACUGAAGGACCUAUGCCCCAAACCAGAGAGCAUCUUGUUUUAGCUAAACAGAUAGGAAUUCAACACAUCGUUGUUUAUUUGAAUAAAGCUGACAUUGCUGAUAAAGAAAUGGUUGAACUAGCUGAAAUGGAAUUAAGAGAUGUUAUGACUGAAAUUGGAUUCAGUGGGGACAGUGUACCAAUAAUAACUGGUUCAGCUUUGGCUGCUUUAGAAGGAGCUAGCCCUGAAAUCGGUCGAGAUUCAAUUCUUAAACUUUUAGAUACCAUUGAUGAAUAUAUUCCCGAACCUGUUAGAGAUCUUGACAAACCUUUUAUGUUACCGGUUGAAAGAACUCAUGCCAUUCAAGGACGAGGAACUGUUGUAACUGGUAAAGUUGAAAGAGGGCUUCUCAAGAAAGGAGAUGAAGUUCAAAUUUUGGGUUUUGAUAAAGACAUGAAAACAACAAUAGCUGGAAUUGAGAUGUUUAAGCAAAUUUUAGAUGAUGCCCGAGCUGGUGACUCGAUUGGAGCCUUAAUUCGAGGAGUCAAACGAGAAGACGUUCGUCGUGGAAUGGUUCUGUGUGCUCCUGGUAGUUUACAACUUAGCGACCAGGCAAUGGCCAAAGUUUACUUUUUGAAUAAAGAAGAAGGUGGAUUCCCAAAGCCCAUUUUGUCCCACCUUGUUUCUACUUUGUUCACGAUGACCGCAGAUAUGAGGUUUAAACUGGACUUCCUUGAUAAAGAAAUGGUUAUGCCCGGUGAAGAUAUUGAAAUGAGAAUAAGACUUCCUAAAUCACUUGUUAUGGAGAAAGGUCAAAGAUUUACAAUUCGUGAAAUGGGAUUCACCUUAGCUACUGGAGUUAUAACUGAAGUUUUACCUAACAUGACCCUAACAGAAAAGCAAGCAUUUAUGAAGGGACGAACGCGAAAGGAGAGAGAAGCUUUUGCUGAAAAGUAUGCGGAAGUUUUGAAAGAAUAUACAACAAAGCCGAUUCUUGGUUAAAAAAUUUAGUCAUUUAAACAGAUUAAUAUUGGAACGUCAUUAAAAUCAACAUCUUUUUCACUAGAAAUUGUAAUAAUCAUUACAAUUGACAUUUUUUGCAUAGAUCACCUCUGUUUGACCCUUUUGUCAAUGAUUAAAGUUUCAGUCCAAUGAAACUUGUAGCUUGUUAGUUAUUUAUAAUACUAAUGUUAUAUUAAAAGAAAGUAAAAUUUACCUCAAAAUUUUGUAAAACUUUAAUUUUAAUUAAAUGGAUCAAAACUUUAGUU